AUGGAGCACCGAAAACAUUUACAUUGCAAAUUCCAGAGAAAGCAGAGUUCUAUGGAAGUGUUCGUUAGACGUGGGCCUCGUUUUGGCUGUGAGUUUCUUGAGUCUUCCAAUGAUUGCAACAUAAGGACAACCUGUCAUCUUAACUCUCCCAAGGUUCCUCAGGAUCUUACUGGUAUACAACAAGAUCAGGUGGAUAGCGGAGUUACAUUGGACGAGGCUCUACUCAUGCACGAUGAAUGGCUUGAAAUCAAUGGGAUAAAGAACUCCAACUUUGCUGUUGUCACAUGGUCUAUCUGCGAUUGUCAGGUAAUGCUUGAAUCUGAGUGCAAAUUCAAGAAGAUACCAAAGCCUGCUUAUUUCAACAUGUGGAUCGACUUACGGGUUCCUUUCCAUGAGGUGUUUGGUGAUAUGAGGUGCAAAUUAAAGAAAGCUGUUGAGAUAGCUGGAUUGGAAUGGGAGGGUCGUGCUCAUUCUGGACUUGAUGAUGCCAAAAACACUGCUCGAUUGUUGGCAUUGAUCAUGCACAAGGGUUACAAGUUUUCCAUUACCAAUUCAUUGUCGUGGAAGCAGUCUGAAGAACGAGCAACAGUUUUUCAUGAUCGUAACUACAAUAUGACGAUUAUCCCCAUUGUUCAAUAUCCUCCCCCUCCCCUUUUCUUUCACCGUGGGAUUAUGAUGAAUACCCUUGUGGUUCUGUUCACUCCAAGUAUUACAUUUUGA